UGUUGUGAUAAACUUAUUAAAUAGGGCUAAUGUUAUAUCCAUAUGGUGCACCCAGCAUCGCCAGAAGUCUGAGCGAUACCAUUGCCCUGGAUUUCUCACCCGAUGGCAACCUAGGUGCUCUCAUUUCAGACACUUGUCUGAGCAUAGUGCUGCUGUUGCCAGUGAGUAAAAUCAGCAGCUGCACUAGGGCCACGAAGUCUCUACGAGAACUGGGAGUGAACGAGGCCGUCAUUUGGAGCGAUGAGAGCAACAAAGUCGCUGUCUCGACAGCGAAUGGAAGCUGCAUCAUCUUUCAAGUUAUGACACAGCGCUUACCAGAUGUCGAACUCUAUCAAACAAUUCACUCCUUGAAGAGGACAGCUUUCGCAGACUACGCCUUGUCUCAAUUGGCAGUGAUAUCACUUGGCACGAAGAUUGAAUCAUUUUGCGGAGUGGGCAGUAAGUUCUGCGUGGCUGACGCGAACGGAUACCUGAAGCAGUUCAAUUGGUCAGACGGUCUCCUGGUCAAGAAUCAGAGCAAGCCUCUCUCCACUAUUCCAUUUGCCUACGAUCUUCACCCUUCAAGAGCGUCUCUAUUGAGAGACAGCGUAGGCAUUGUGUGUCUGCGCAAUGCGAUAGGCAGCAUGGGAGGAUUGCUCUGUGUCUUGAGUGACGGCAGAGCGGCUAUUCUGGCGAGCGAGUCAGCUGACAUCGAUUUCAAUCAUAUCCAGGGAAUUUUCGCCCCAAAUGUAUCAGACGCUGUAUGGGUUUGUCACAAUGAGAAACUGAGGCAGAUGAUCAUAACUUCCAAAAGUGGCUCGAUGCUCAUUUUUGCCAUGAAUGAGUUGACAAAUGAGUUGGUGCUAACGUGCAAAUAUGAGAUCAGACAGAAAUUGAAUAUAUCGCAACCCGGUAAAGUUUUCGCUAGAGAAGCUACUGUGUGUUUGGGGGGACUGGCUCUCUGUGCCGUACUCAACACAGGCAUCUACCAAUUUUACUCCAUUUUUGGCAGUCUCCUCUGGGAAGCGGAUCCAGUCCAGUUCUCCAAAUCCAGGGUCCAAGUAGCCAGACUGAGUCCCAGCGGGUACCAGUUGUGGAUCUGUGUAGCAUCCAGAGACCCUCUAAGGGGAGAUAGUCGCAGUCCUGGGGGGUUUUACAGUUCGGACAGACGCAGUGUGACUUUGGUGCAACCAGUAGUGAAAAGCGUGAACUCAAUUCUCUCUUCACAUUUUUCUGAGUCCUUCAUUUUGCUGCAAGGUCAUGAUCGCAUUAUGCUCGGCAGCAACCAGAACUUCGAGAGCUCGGACAAUGUCAAGUGCUGGAAACAGGCAGUUAUCCCAUUGCCGUAUCUAAGGGGAGCUGAAAUCGUUAAGUUUUCGUGCGUAGACCCAAGUGGUAACAAUGUGGCGGUCGCCUCCCAACAUGGAGUGGUGCUCUACAACUUCGAACAGCUCAAGUGGAAGAUGUUCGGAAACGAAAUUCAGGAGAAGGAGCUGAGUGUCUGCGGGGGAAUGACCUGGUUCGAGGAGUUUAUCGUCUUCACUUGUCGCAACAACGACUCCUCCAGAUACGAACUGAGAGCCUAUAGCAGACUAAUGAACCUGGAGAACAACUCCAAGUCUGCAAUUCAUCUUCCCUCGAAGCCACUGGUGGUGAACAUGUACAAGAACUUCUUCACUGUCCUCGACAGACAGUCCAGCCUGGUCAUGUUCAAACUGGAAAUCCACAGCACAUCCAACAACAAAAGGACGUGUGUUCUGGCCAAGAUUCAGGAGACGCCUCUGAACAUGUUUGUUCCCUAUCCGCAGUCAAUACUCUCCAUCAUGUUUACAGACGUCGGACACCAAAUGGGUAAUCAUCCUAUACGUGAUUCGACUCCCAGGAGCUUCCUCAUCAACGUUGCGGGACGUCUUGCAAUCUUCCCUCGAGAUCCUUUAAUUGAUGAUCUUGAGAUACCAGAUCAAGUUCCCCUUUGUACACCUACAGUAAUAGCGAGCAAUGUCGAAUCUGUGACACUUUAUAAUUCGUCUAUGGAUGGUAUCCCUAGAAGUCCGUAUUUUAAUGACGCGGUUUGGUUGAUGUGCGGAGCAUCUGGACUGAAGAUUUGGCUUCCAUUGCCGGUGGACGCCGAAGACUCUUCGAGAAGCGACGGAAGUUUCGGAUUCAAAAGAUCUGUGUUUAUAUUUCACCCAGCGGUGUAUCCUCUGGCCAUGGAGUGCAAUUCGGGGUUUAUCAUGGGAGUAGAUUCUGAGAACACGGUACUAAAUAGUCCCCAUAGCCGAGACAUAAUGGAUGUUCUAGCUGCAUCCGAUAGUAAGUCGAAAACCAGUCAAGCCGCUCAGCCAGUAGCAAAUUAUGUCAUGAGCAAAACGAUGGAAAUUUUCAUCCCUCAAUUGAUGGAAGAAAUGCUGCGUCGUAAUUUGAACUCACACGCAGUCAGGCUGAUGAAGAGCAUCGACUCUCUUCCCUCUUUUGACCACAUAUUGGAACUCCUUCUACAUAACGUGCUGGAAGCCGAAGCAACGGCCAGUGAUCCCAUAGCCGACCCACUACUGCCGUCUGUGAUAAGUGUGCUCAACCAACAGUACAGAAGGAAAUUCCUCCGCAUAUUGGCAAAGUGCGCAAGGAAGACGGAGGUGGCUAUUUGGAGUUUCCUAUUCAAUACAGCCGGGAAUCCUGCACAUUACUUCAAGAGGUGCAUUGAGGAGGAGGACUUGUCGACAGCUGCCUCCUACAUGAUCAUCCUGCAGAGUCUGGAACCCCUGUCUGUAAGUAAGCAGUAUGCCAAUGUACUAGUGGACACUUGUCUGGAGAAGAGACACUGGCUUCUAGUCAGAGACAUCAUCCGAUUCCUAAAGUCGAUAGCUGCAUCAUCCGGUGACGAAGUCUCGCCCAAAGUAAGCCACACGCCCUAUUCUGUCUACGCUUACCCUCAGAUCAACAGCUCAUCCAAUUCUCAGGUGAACGCGCCUCAUCAUAGCGCCAACGUUCCAUCCAACUCCUCCACAGGCAGUCUGAACUCACUGGGAGGCAGAACCAGAAACACCUCUCAAAGUGGUGGCCAGAACGCGGUUGGGGGAGUUAGUUCAUCUGGAAACCCAUCAGGCGGCUCAAUUACUUCAUUCACGCCCGUAGGAGGUGUGCUGACUUACUCUCAGUCGCCGAAAACGGCAGUUGCUCGAUAUCCCUUUGGUUUGAGUUACUAUAAAAGCAGUUCCGUUUCAACUGAUGCUGAGCUUAACUCAAGUGGCCAGAAGUCCUCAUCAGGAGAUCACUCUCAACGUAUGCCAUCGACAUCUGGAUCCAAUCAUCAGGUGUCUGGACCACUAUCGCAGCAGCAGCCAGAUUCAAAUGAUAUCUUCUACUUGUCUUCUCUAAUUGCGCGGAGAGCCAGAACCCUUCUAGUGGGGUAUGAAUUGAGACAGCUGUUCGUCAUGGCUUCGCAUAUUGGAUUCAAUUUAACAUCGUGGCUGAAACGAGAAAGAAAUCGUGCUGCGAAGAUUGACAGUUACCAAGAUGCGUUAGAGAAACUGCAUGUUGAGUUUGAUUGGCCAUUUCCAGUGCUAGCCGAUCAGUCGAAGAUUGCCGCAGAACAUCUGAAGUCGUCAACCCUGUCCUCCUCUUCGACUACUAGCUCCGUUGUCACUUUGCAAGAUUUUCCACCAGCCUCGGCUGAGAGAAUUGACUGUGCGGCAUCUGGUGCGAGUUCACUUUCUAAUUCAGAGUCCAAAUCCAACCCAAUUGCAGUACCCUCUACUGCCACUUGGAUUCACAGCGACUCACACCCUUCGUUGUAUAGCUCACUGAAUGCAGCCACAAAUCGUCACCCGGGGCAGCUGAGUUUAGAUCUGGAUAAUAUGUCUCUGGAGAAUACACUAGGUAGUGGAUUCACACCCAAUCAGAAUGCAUUGCAACAUGCUAGAUUGCAGCUGGCCGAUCUGAGUAGCAGCCUCGAAAGCAACAACCCUUCUUCGUUCUUCUUAAACUCUCAAUCCCUGAACAACUCACCGAAUAAUAACCAAAACGAUACCGUUGACAAACCAGACGAUGGGGAGUGCUCUACUUGGUCCGAUGACGUCACUGCCACGUGGAACACCCUGAAUGAGUCCUCCACGCAUCAGAACGCGAUUGAGAAUUCCCUGUUGAUCGUAGGAAGUGUGGCCGAGACAGCACAUACUCAGCUGGCUCAAAGCGCAGAUUUGGAGUCACUCGUGCAACAGUUCAAGAAUAAGGGCUCUGAGAGGAGCAAGCGGCUGUUGACGCAUGCAUUGGGUGUGAUGGUGGAGAGCGAGUGCUACGAGUGGGCCAUCCUCAUCUGUCUGAUGCUUUCUGACGUCACGCAGGCCAUCAGCAUCAUCAACAACAUCAUCAGCUCAUCACAACUCACAGAUGUGGGGCAGCGACUCAUACAGGGACUUACCAGUCUAGACUCUUGGGCUGCACAACACUGCUUCACAUACCGAUUGUUUCUGGCAGCUUUGUUCCCCUACGUGCAAGUACUUAAGACAGUGAUGGACUUCUCGUUCAAGACCCAGAAGACAAAAAAGUUAUCUCUCAAUAACAGUGCGCCUCUCAAGACUGGCGGGCUUCUCAUGACUGCAGGAAGUGAAACCGACUCCAAACAUACUUCUCCGAACAAGGAAGCUUCCAUUGCAAACGGAGAUUCGAUUGCAUCACCAAGUGCUGCCAAUCGGAGACUGUCGUGGUGGAAGAGUUCAAAGAACUCGGUGUCCAAUCAGAGUGGCGACCAGUCAGUGUUCGGAGGUAAUGCAGUGUCGAAUAAUGACGCAAUAUCCGAACGAGAUCUGCUGAGUCAGUUGCACGAGGAAAGAAUUGAGUGGCUGACAGAUGCGAAUUGCAAGGACAUCAAUGGAAACGAAAUCUACUCAGGGUUUUAUCCGGCCGGGGAAGAUGAACUGAAUAACUGGAAUGGGACUGACUCGAGUGAAAGCGUAUCUCGCUGUGUAAUCUCGUGAAGUCGUAAAUUAGGAGUAUGUUCGCUGAUAUAGGUAUUCACUUUGUAUUAAAUUUAUCCCGAAUCUAUUGUUGGUGUAGUUUAGUUAUUUCAUUUAAUUCAAUCCUGAAAAUAUAUUAUUGAAAGCUUU